AUGCAAACGACACAGUACGCGCAGCACUAUCCGGUGGGACCAGCUCACUUUCACCCUAUGACUGGCUACUCACCAUAUCCUCCCGCAUCGAUGCAGGAUCCCAGACUUCCUCAUCCAAUGUCCAUGAGCCAUGUUGCAGGACCAAACAACAAGCGACUCGCACCACCUCAUCCACAUCCAGCGGAGACGCCAGCUAAGAAGAAGCAGUCCAAAUGGACAACCGACGAGGACCGGUCGAUUAUCGAGCUGAGAGGGAAUGGCAUGAAAUGGGAAGACAUCUCAAAGCACCUGCCUGGUCGCAGUGCCAUCAGCUGUCGCCUACGUUUCCAGAACUACCUCGAACGCCGAUCAGAGUGGGACGAAGAGAAGAAGAACAAGCUCGCAAGGCUGUAUGAGCGUUUCAAGAAAGACAUGUGGGAAAAGAUCUCCAAGGAGAUGCAACUCCCCUGGCGCGCCGCCGAAGCCAUGCACUGGCAGAUCGGCGAAAUCGAAAUGGCCCAACGCGCCAAUGUUCCUGUUUUCCACCUCGCAGGUCAGCAAGGCGCUUCAGAUCGUCCCGGAUCCGACGAAAGACAGAGCACCUCACCCUCGGGCAGCGGAGCACCACCCAUGGGCAUGUCCUACACGCACACCCACACUCACAACCACAGUCUCCCUCAGAUUCCGCACGGCCUGGCACAUCCGAUUUCCCCGGAACAGCAGCGAUUGAGACGAAAUAGCUCGUCACCGAAUACCGCUCCGCCGAGACGGAGAGCGGAUAGUGCGAGGAGCAUGCCGAACCCUGCAAGCAGGACACCGCUGCCGCCGCUUCUGGAUGUGACGGGUCCGCCGAGUGCGCAGCCACGGUACAACCUGCCUCCUGUCAUGACGUCGUCCGAGAGGCGGUGA